AUGGAAACCAAUGAUACUCUGAAUAAGGUUAUCCUACAAUUGAUGCAGUCCCAGGAGUGCCUCAAAGAUGAAAUUAGUAGAAUCUAUGAAAAAUUGAAGGGCUUUUGCAUAAACAUGGUCACUGCUGCAGAGGGGAAAGGGGAAACUCAUUCUUCAAAACAUAACCAAGGUAAAGCCAGUAAAACAACUAUUCAUGUUGAAAAAGAGAAAGAUGGGAACAAUAGAAACAAAAAAUUGGAUAAGAAAACAUUCGCCGAGACGGCAUCACAGAACUCGACGGCAUCCAAAGACCCAACCAGCGUUGCCGGCUCGUCCAAAAAAUCCGGAAUAUCUGUACAAGAAUUGUCUAGCGCACUACAGGAAGUUCAAUCAAAAGAUAAAUUCAAUGAGAUUAUCAACCUUGCUAAUGAUGGCGUAGAAGACAUUACAAAUGAUUGGAAGAGGGUACCAGGAAGGAAACCUUGGAGAAAACUUAUCAUUGGCAGCAAUGACAAAAUCGAAAUAAAUGGUAAAGAAAUCGAGGGAAUUCCAAAAUACAGGGAUAUCCACGUCUACAGGGUGGAUCCAGGAAUGACUUCUGAAAACCUCGCAAAUUAUGUGAAAUCGCAUUUCCCGGAGUUUCUUGGAGCAGGCCUUGAUGCUCUUGCAAAAACUAUGAACGUUGAGGAUCUGAGAAUUUUGAAAAAAGAAUUUCGCAGUGCAAAUGUAAGUCAAUUCAAAUUGCUCACAAGAAUAGGUGUUUUUCCCUAUGACUAUAUUAAUGGCACACAAAAAUUGGAUGAAACUAAGUUACCUUCUAUCAAAAAUUUUUACAAUCGAUUGAAUGACAUUAAUAUUUCCCAUGAUGACUACGCUCACGCUCAAAACGUUUGGGAAGCUUUCGAAUUAAAGAAAACAUAUUCCCUCGACCCGGCUUGGUAUUACACCAUGCCAGGAUAUACGUGGGAUUGUAUGCUCAAGUAUACGAAGUGCAAAUUAGAAAUUCUCAAGGAUAUAGACAUAUGGUGA